AUCAGAAUGGCUGUUACCCAAGGCGUCACUGAGAUUGCAGAUUCUGAAGAUGAGCCAUUGUCGUCUUCGCCGCAAAUGAUGCCACACGUUGAUCCGCCCGCUAAUGCACAGGGCAAUACCAUGACUGAACGGUCUUCGCUGCCAAUACAUGGAUUGCCUGCAAACAAUGACCAGUCUACACCUAAGGAGAAUACGGGUAUCAGCGAGAUGGCUCAUAUGGAAGCAUGCGAUUCUCCAAAACCCUCAGUCACUGAUCAAGAAGCAACUGUCAAUAGCGAAGUGGUACCAGACAACCAUAUGACUGCAAGCAAGCUACCAAAUCAGGAGAUAUCAGUUGUUUCGGAACAAGGCCCCCCCUCAGCUCCACAUAGUGUACAAUCUACAGUGCCACCUCAUCACGAAGAAGCUUCUGGAGAUAUUAUUACAAAAGAAAGUCUAGACAGAAACAAAGCGCAGGAUGACAAUCAAUCUAACCCCUCUAUCUCUGAUCUCUCAGCUACGGCGAAAUCAAAGGAUCUAGAAAAAGACGCUGUCACGGAAAAUGAUGCUCCGAAAGGCGAACCCCAAACCCAGCCUGUCCAAGUACCCGCAGCUAGCAAUGAGAGUCAGGUUCCGCCACCCUCAAAAACUCCUCAAGAGAUAACGAUCGAUGAGUUGAAAGCUCAAAGAAGUUCGCUCAUUGCUUCUCUUGCAGCACUCGAGAGUGUUCAGGAUAUGGUCGCGGAGGAUGAGACGUCAGAUUUUGCGAGCAAAAUCUCCGGAGGAGAGCCUACGGAAUCGGAUAUUAUGGCUGCCGCAAACACUAUCGUCAAAAGACACAUCAAGUUGCUGCAUAAUUACAAUGAGAUCAAGGACAUGGGUCAAGGACUGAUGGGCUUGAUUGCUGAUUCGAGAGGUGUGCGUAUUGUCGAAGUGCAGGAGGAGUUUGGUGUGAGUUCGAAGGACUGA